AUGGUCAACUACCCAGAUUUCGACUCGCUGCCACCAGUCGAGGGCCAGCCUCAGGGAAAUGCCUGGGGAUUUUGGGGCAAGGGUGAUGAACUCGGAACUUUAAACCUGUUGACUCCCGAGGUCAUUCGAAAUGCAUCCCGAGAAGUGAAGAUGGGAAAAUCCGUCCAGCUUGAUCUAAGACUGGAUCACUUCGAACAUGGUAUCGCGGGCCGAGAACGCUUUGAACAAACUAUUGUGGAUUUCAGAGAGAGAAACAAGGGUGGUGAAUACGACAUCGUCGCUCACGACGAUGUGGUUCGAUUCAAUACGCAGAGCAGUUCUCAAUGGGAUGGUCUUCGACAUGUUGGGCUGCAAAAUUCUGGCAUCUACUAUAAUGGAAUGAAACAUCGGGAGAUAGAUGAGGAUGGUACAGGCAAACUUGGUAUUCAAAACUGGGUUGAAAACGGAGGAAUUGUGGGUAGAGGGAUCCUUUUGGAUUACGAAAGAUGGCGAAGACAGACAGGCAAAGGACCAGCGAAAAUUGAUUCUCCGUUUGCGAUUACGGUGGAUGAACUCGACGAAGUUGCGAAACAUCAGAAUCUUGAGCUGAAACCUGGGGAUAUUUUGAUUAUCCGCUCUGGGUUUACGGCAUGGCAUGAUUCCACCUCCCCUGAGGAGCGAGCAAAGUCUUUGGACAGGGGCGAAUUCAUCGGAGUGGAGGCAUCAAUGAAGUCCGUCAAAUGGCUAUGGAAUCACCAUUUCGCUGCUGUUGCUGGAGAUUCAUUGGGAUUCGAGGUCUGCCCGGCUCCAUUUGGGAUCAAGGAUAAAGUAUGUCUUCACGAAUGGCUGUUGUCCCACUGGGGAAGUCCGAUUGGCGAGCUCUGGAAUCUGGAGAAGUUGUCCAAGGUCUGUGAAGAGGCCCAGCAAUGGUCUUUUUUCUUUACGAGUGCUCCUCUUAACGUUUUUGGUGGGGUUGGGACGACUCCGAACGCGAUAGCGAUCUUAUAG